CGCAGUGCCGCCCGGCCCCUAGCUCGGACCUCUCCCGUCCUUCUCCGCCCCUCUCUAUGUCAGUGACCGCAGCCGGGCCCGGACCUUGGGCGGCGGGGCUGGACCUCCGGCGGCGGGCCCGGCUGGCAGUGCGAGAGGGUGUGGGCGCGGGCAGAGCUCCGCAGGCUGCGUCUGAUCGGCGCUGCUGUCGCUGCCCGAGGCCCUUAGCGUCCUCCCAUGGGAGGCCAGACGCUUCCAGUUCCGCCCCGGCGCUCGCCAGGUUAAGAUGAAACACUGCAGAUGGGCCUUCUGAAGAUAAGGAGAAGAAAAAACAUUGAAGACUCUGGGGAAAGCAAUUCGGAUGCUGCUCUGGAAAAACUUCAGUGAUGGAUCAAAGGAAGAAUGACAGUAUUGUCCCUAGUAUCACUCAGUUAGAGGAUUUUCUUACAGAACACAAUUCCAAUGUUGUUUGGCUCCUUGUUGCUACCAUUUUGUCCUGUGGAUGGAUUAUUUAUCUCACAUACUAUAAUUCUCGGAAUGUUGGUCUUAUUUUAACAUUGGUUCUUAACAGAUUAUACAAACAUGGCUAUAUCCAUAUUGGCUCCUUCUCUUUCUCUGUUCUUUCUGGGAAAGUCAUGGUUCGUGAAAUCUAUUACAUUACAGAAGACAUGUCUAUUAGAAUUCAAGAUGGAUUUAUAAUUUUUCGGUGGUGGAAAAUGUAUAACCCAAAGCAGAAGCAACAUGAUCCAAAGGCAGAAACCAGAUUAUACAUCACAGUCAAUGACUUUGAAUUUCAUGUCUACAAUCGUUCGGAUCUUUAUGGACGUCUUCAAGAAUUGUUUGGUUUGGAGCCAACAAUAAUUCCACCCAAGAAGGAGGAUGAUAAGACACGGGAAAAUGGAAGAACAAGAACCCAGUCUAAAAUCAAAAGAGUAAAAGUAAAAACAGAAUCUCAGGACCCCGCAUCUUCAUGGAGAUCACUUAUUCCAGUCAUAAAGGUCAAUGUGAGCACAGGACGCUUGGCCUUUGGAAAUCAUUACCAGCCUCAGACUCUGUGCAUCAACUUUGACGAUGCUUUCUUGACUUACACCACAAAGCCACCUUCCAGCCACCUGGACCAGUUCAUGCAUAUUGUGAAAGGAAAGCUGGAAAAUGUUCGAGUCAUGCUUGUUCCUAGUCCCAGAUAUGUUGGCCUUCAAAAUGAUGAACCGCCGAGACUGAUGGGAGAAGGCUUUGUGGUGAUGCAGUCAAACGAUGUCGACAUCUACUACUACAUGGACGAGCCAGGACUUGUUCCAGAAGAAACAGAAGAAAAUAUUGAAGGAGAAAUCAGCAGUGAGGAUUGCAAAUUACAAGAUUUGCCUCCAUGUUGGGGACUGGAUAUAGUUUGUGGCAAAGGAACAGAUUUCAACUAUGGGCCGUGGGCCGAUAGGCAGAGAGAUUGUUUAUGGAAGUUUUUUUUCCCACCUGAUUAUCAAGUUCUGAAAGUUUCUGAAGUUGCACAGCCUGGGAAGCCACGGCAGAUCCUUGCUUUUGAACUGCGAAUGAAUAUUAUUGCAGAUGCUACGAUUGACUUGCUGUUUACCAAGAAUAGGGAAACAAAUGCUGUACAUGUGAAUGUAGGAGCCGGCUCCUAUUUAGAAAUUAAUAUUCCAAUGACAGUUGAGGAAAAUGGUUACACCCCUGCAAUUAAAGGACAACUCUUACAUGUUGAUGCCACCACCAGCAUGCAAUACCGGACCCUUUUGGAAGCAGAAAUGUUAGCAUUCCACAUCAACGCCAGCUACCCCCGGACAUGGAACAUGCCGCAGACGUGGCAGUGUGAGCUCGAGGUGUAUAAAGCCACCUACCACUUCAUCUUCGCACAGAAGAACUUUUUCACAGAUUUAAUUCAAGACUGGUCUAGUGAUAGUGCUCCAGACAUUUUUUCAUUUGUUCCAUAUACAUGGAAUUUUAAAAUCAUGUUUCAUCAAUUUGAAAUGAUUUGGGCUGCUAAUCAACACAACUGGAUUGACUGUUCCACUAAACAACAGGAAAAUGUGUAUCUGGCAGCCUGUGGGGAAACACUAAAUAUUGAUUUCUCUUUGCCUUUUACUGACUUUGUUCCAGCUACAUGUAACACCAAGUUCUCCCUCAGGGGAGAAGAUGUUGAUCUUCAUUUGUUUCUACCAGAUUGCCACCCUAGUAAAUAUUCAUUAUUUAUGCUGGUAAAGAAUUGCCACCCAAAUAAAAUGACUCGUGAUACUGGUAUUCCUGCUGAGUGUCAAAGUGGCCACAAAACAGUGAAACCAAAAUGGCGGAACAUUACUCAAGAAAAAGCUGGUUGGGUUGAAUGCUGGACUGUCCCAAGUGUCACGCUUACAAUUGAUUACACAUGGCAUCCAAUUUAUCCACAAAAAGCAGAUGAACAGCUAAAACAAUCAUUGUCAGAAAUGGAAGAGACGAUGCUAUCUGUGUUACGACCGUCCCAGAAAACAGCAGACAGAGCUGUCUCUUCACCGUCCACUUCUUCCCGGCCGCCUGUCGACCCCUCAGAGCUUCCCCCUGACAAACUUCAUGUGGAAAUGGAACUGUCCCCAGAUUCUCAGAUAACUCUCUACGGACCGCUGCUAAAUGCCUUUUUGUGUAUAAAGGAAAACUACUUUGGGGAAGAUGACAUGUAUAUGGAUUUUGAAGAGGUUAUUUCAAGUCCUGUUCUGUCACUGUCAACAUCAUCCAGUUCUGGGUGGACUGCUGUCGGAAUGGAAAAUGACAAAAAGGAAAAUGAAAGCUCAGCCAAGUCGAUUCAUCCGCUUACCUUGCGUCCUUGGGAUAUCACUGUACUUGUGAAUUUGUACAAAGUUCAUGGGCGUCUUCCUGUUCACGGAACUGCUGAUGGUCCUGAGUGCCCCACAGCUUUCUUGGAAAGACUGUGUUUUGAAAUGAAAAAAGGAUUUAGGGAGACCAUGCUGCAGCUUGUCCUGUCACCUGUGAGUGUGUUCGUCAGUGAUAACUAUCAGCAGCGACCUCCUGUGGAUGAAGUUCUUAGGGAAGGUCACAUCAGUUUGUCUGGCCUCCAGCUGAGAGCACAUGCUAUGUUCUCAGCAGAAGGCCUUCCUCUGGGAAGUGAUUCCUUAGAAUACGCCUGGCUAAUUGACGUGCAGGCGGGAAGCCUUACAGCCAAGGUCACGGCACCACAGCUGGCUUGUCUCUUGGAGUGGGGGCAGACAUUUGUUUUUCAUGUGGUGUGUCGGGAAUAUGAACUGGAAAGACCCAAAUCAGUAAUAAUAUGUCAGCAUGGGAUUGAUCGUCGGUUCUGCGAAUCCAAGUUGAGUUGUAUUCCUGGGCCGUGUCCAGCUUCAGAUGAUUUGAAAUACACUAUGACUCGUUUAGCAGUGGAUGGAGCUGACGUUUACAUUGUGGAGCAUGGCUGUGCUACAAAUAUCAAGAUGGGUGCAAUUCGGGUUGCGAACUGUAAUCUGCACAAUCAGUCGGUCGGCGAAGGGAUAAGCGCUGCCAUUCAGGACUUCCAAGUGAGACAGUACAUUGAACAGCUGAGCAAUUCCAGAGUGGGCUUCCAGCCCGCCAUCCUGCGGAGGGCCUGCUGGCUUGAGGCUGGGUCGGCCAGCUUAGGCCUUAUCACUGUGGAUGUCGCCCUGGCCGCUGAUCACCAUUCUAAACAUGAGGCCCAAAGGCAUUUCUUAGAAACUCAUGAUGCCAGAACUAAGAGGUUGUGGUUUCUGUGGCCAGAUGACACCCUGAAGAGUAAGAGGUACAGAAACAAGUGUGGCUGUCUCGGCGGCUGCAGGUUCUUUGGCGGCACAGUAACUGGCCUAGAUUUCUUCAAACUCGAAGAGUUGACACCUUCCAGUAGCUCUGCAUUUUCAAGCACGAGUGCAGAAUCUGAUAUGUAUUAUGGACAGUCUCUGCUGCAGCCUGGAGAAUGGAUUAUUACUAAGGAAAUUCCCAAAAUUGUGGAUGGUAACGCGAGCGGCGUGAGGAGGAAGGAUCGGGAGAGCAAGCCGGCGGGGCCGGACGCAGAGCGGAAGGCGCAGCACCUCAGCCUGCAGGUGCCGCUGCGGCCGCACAGCUCCUCCUCGUCCUCGGAAGAGAACAGCAGCUCCAGCGCCGCGCAGCCGCUGCUGGCCGGCGACAAGGAGAGCCCCUCCUCGGGCGCGGACGAGCAUCUGCUCCAGAAGGAGUUCUCGCGCGGCGCCGAGGGAGACGACGGCCAAGCGAGUGUUCCUUCAGAAAUUUCAGGAAACAGCCCCGUGUCUCCUAAUACUCAGGACAAGUCGGUAGGCCAGUCUCCCUUGCGGUCCCCCUUGAAACGACAAGCCUCUGUGUGUCCCACCCGGCUCGGAAGCACCAAGAGCCUCACUGCUGCCUUUUAUGGGGACAAGCAGCCUGUGACAGUUGGAGUCCAGUUUAGUAGUGACGUCUCCAGAAGUGAUGAGAAUGUACUCGACUCACCAAAGCAGAGAAGGAGUUUUGGUUCGUUUCCUUACACACCAUCAGCGGACUCGAAUUCAUUUCAUCAGUACCGGUCCAUGGAUUCCAGCAUGUCAAUGGCUGACAGUGAGGCCUACUUCUCUGCAGCUGAAGAAUUUGAGCCCAUUAGCAGCGAUGAAGGCCCCGGAACUUACCCAGGCAGAAAAAAGAAGAAAAAACAAACCCAGCAGAUAGACUACAGCAGGGGUUCCAUCUAUCACAGUGUAGAAGGCCCACUCACCGGCCAUGGAGAAAGCAUCCAGGAUCCCCGAACUCUGCCAUUCAGAACCCAUCCUUCCCAGGCCUCCUUUGUCUCCGCAUUAGGCGGAGAGGAUGAUGUCACAGAACAUCUGUAUGUCGUAGAGGGAGAGAAGAUGGGAGAGAGCGAACAGAUUACUUCUCAGCAGCCCGUGAUGAGCUGUUACCAGACUUACCUCACUCAGUUCCAGGUAGUUAACUGGUCAGCGAAGCACCCAGCCAACAAAAGGACCUCCAAGUCUUCCCUGCACCGUCCGCUCGACCUGGACACACCGACCAGUGAGGAGAGUUCAUCAUCAUUGGAGCAGCUGUCUGUUCCAACUUUUAAGGUUAUCAAACAGGGACUCACAGCUAAUUCUUUACUAGACAGAGGAAUGCAACUUUCAGGAUCAACUUCAAAUACACCUUAUACGCCCCUGGAAAAGAAAAUUGCUGAUAACACAGAUGAGGAAACAUUCACAGAGGAGUGGACCCUGGAUCAGCCAGUGUCUCAGACCAGGACAACAGCCAUAGUUGAAGUAAAAGGGACCGUUGAUAUUGUUCUGACUCCCCUGGUGGCUGAAGCUUUAGACAGAUACAUUGAAGCAAUGGUUCAUCGUGCCAGCACCCGCCAUCCAGCUGGGAUCGUAGACAAUCUACACACCCAAGUCCUCAGGGAAGCUGUCCAGAAUAGCAAGACUACCUUCUCAGAAAAUUUGUCUUCCAAACAAGAUGUCAGAGCAACGAAAACUGAACACCCUCCCAUGGGAACGACUAACCAAGGACAAGCACAGACAAAUCUUAUAACGAAGCAAGAUAAUGUAACAAUUAAAGGUCUUCAGGCUAAUGUUAGCAUACCCAAGGUAAACUUAUGUCUGUUGCAAGCCUCAGUGGAAGAAUCUCCAAGUACAGCUCCUAGCAGAAGUGUGAGUCACGUGUCCCUAGUCGCAUUGUGUUUUGACAGAAUUGCUACACAAGUUCGUAUGAACAGAGGUGUGGUUGAAGAGUCUUCAAAUACUGCCGAACCCAGCAGAACAUCCCAUUUUGAUAGGUAUGUCCACGCCACUAAAAUGCAGCCUCAGUCAUCGGGAUCUCUCAGAUCCAACGCGGGAGCAGAGAAAGGCAAAGAAAUUGCAGCCAAGUUAAACAUUCAUCGAGUUCAUGGGCAACUCAGGGGUCUAGAUACAACAGAUAUUGGUACCUGUGCCAUCACUGCUAUUCCCUUUGAGAAAUCCAAAGUUUUAUUUACUCUUGAAGAGUUGGACGAGUUUACUUUUGUGGAUGAAACUGAUCAGCAGGCUGUUCCAGAUGUAACUCGAAUAGGUCCCAGCCAAGAAAAAUGGGGCUGGAUAAUGUUUGAAUGUGGACUUGAAAAUUUAACCAUAAAAGGAGGAAGACAGUCUGGUGCUAUUUUAUACAAUACUUUUGGAAUGAUGGGUAAAGCUAGUGUCAUGGAAAGGGGUGGAGUGCUGACAUCCAAUAAUUCUUCUGAUUCUCCCACCGGCAGUGGCUAUAACACUGACGUCUCUGAGGAUAACCUUCCUUGUGACCGACCAAGCCCUUCUUCAGAUUUAAAUGGAAAUUCUGUUUCAGACGAACAGGAUGAAGGAGUCGAAUCUGAUGACUUGAAGAAAGACCUCCCCCUCAUGCCCCCGCCCCCCGAUUCCUGCAGCAUGAAGCUGACCAUCCAGGAGAUCUGGUUUAGCUUCGCGGCGCCCACCAACGUGCGGUCUCCUACACACGCCUUUUCUAGGCAGCUGAACCUCCUAAGCACUGCGACUCCAGCUGUGGGUGCAUGGCUCGUCCCCAUUGAUCAACUCAAGUCAUCCCUGAACAAACUGGAGACUGAGGGAACGCUGAGAAUCUGUGCCGUUAUGGGAUGCAUAAUGACCGAGGCGUUAGAGAAUAAAAGUGUACAUUUCCCCAUAAGAAGUAAGUACAACAGACUCACAAAACUUGCCCGCUUUCUCCAAGAAAACCCUUCAUGUUUACUGUGCAAUAUACUACACCACUACCUGCACCAGGCGAAUUACUCCAUCAUUGAUGAUGCUACGAUGAGUGAUGGACUUCCUGCUUUGGUAACCUUAAAGAAAGGUUUGGUUGCACUGGCAAGGCAGUGGAUGAAGUUUAUUGUGGUGACCCCAGCCUUUAAAGGGGUUAGUUUACACCGACCAGCUCAGCCCCUGAAGCCCCAGGCAGUUGUGAACCACGAACAUGAGGACACACUUGGGCUAGACAAUGGAGGUGGUCUUCAAAGUGACACCAGCGCUGAUGGGGCAGAAUUCGAAUUUGAUGCAGCCACCGUCAGUGAACACACAAUGCUACUGGAAGGAACAGCCAACCGGCCUCCUCCUGGGGGGUCUGGACCUGUGACUGGAGCUGAGAUAAUGAGGAAACUUUCUAAGACUCACACCCACAGUGACUCUGCAUUAAAAAUAAAGGGCAUCCACCCCUACCAUUCUCUGAGCUACACCAGUGGGGACACCGCCACAGACUCCCCGGUACACGCGGGCCGUGCUGGGAUGCCAGUGAAGGAGAGCCCAAGGAAGGAGAGCCUGCUCAGCUACCUGACCGGAAGCUUCCCGAGCUUGCACAACCUCCUGGAAGGGACCCCUCAGAGAAGCAGCGCAGCCGUGAAAAGCAGCUCCCUGACACGAGCAGGAAACACGAUGACUUCUGAUAUGCUGUCGGAGCACCCCUUGCUGUCAGAGCCGUCAUCUGUGAGCUUCUACAAUUGGAUGUCCAAUGCUGUGGGUAAUCGAGGAAGUGUGGUCCAGGAGUCUCCUGUGACCAAGUCAGGGCACAACAGCCUUCCCACAGGUGUUGCACCCAAUCUUCCUACAAUACCCUCAGCGUCAGAUUUCAACACCGUCUUGUCUAGUGACCAGAACACUUUGGAUGGGACCCACUCGCAGCACAGCACGAGUCAGGAUGACGUGGCCGGUGUAGAAGAAGCCAACCAGGGCUUUCCCGCGGUUCAGCUGGCUGACGCGCAGGUCGUUUUCAAGCCUCUCCUGAGUCACACAGGGAUCCAGUCACAGGACGCGAUGCCGCUGUGCUACCGAAUGUACUUCGGGGAACACCUUUCAUUUUCGGGGACUUUGGACUGCCUCCGAGCAGACAUCGUGGACUCAGACACAGCCAAGGAGAGAAAAGGCAAAAGAGCAAGAAGGCAAGGCCAUGUGAACCUUCCUCCACUUGAGUUCAAACCAGCGCUGAUGCUGGAGACCUUCAGCAUCAGUGCUGUGGUGAUGGAAAAGUCGGUGUGCACCCCUCAGAACUCCACCAGCGCCCUUUCUUUUCAUGAUCUCAACAAGCGUUACUACAACACUUUCCACUGCAACUUCACUAUUUCCUGCCAGUCAAUAAGCCAGCAUGUAGACAUGGCUUUGGUCCGUCUCAUUCAUCAGUUCAGCACAAUGAUAGAUGACAUCAAAGCGACCCAGACCGACAUUAAGCUGAGCAGAUACACAGCCGGGUCAGCGUCCCCGACACCCACCUUCAAAACCAGAAAGCAUCGGGAUUUCCGCUCAUCCGACUUCAGCCGCAGCUCGAGAGGAAGCCUCAAUGGAGCCAACAGAGUAAAUAAUGCCAAGAACAAACGGACCAACAAUGAGAAUAACAAAAAGGAAUCUCGAAACAAGAACUCAGUCGGAAGAUCCGAAAGAAGAACUUCAAAGGUGUCCAGGAAAGGCUCCAAAGACGUGGUGGACCACAUGCCUCUCCACAUGGACGACUCGGACUCCAUCACCGUGUCCGAGCAGAGCGAGCCCUCCGCCGAGUGCUGGCAGAACAUGUACAAGCUGCUCAACUUCUAUUCCCUCAUCUCGGACCCAACAGGAAUAUUGGAAAAGUCUUCAGAAACAUUUGGACCCGCAGGGGUUCGCAGCCCCACGGAGCCGACGUGCAAAGUGGUGUUUGAGAACGAGCAGGACAAUGGCAGUGUGACCAAGACGCAGAGGAAGCGCAGCUUGGUGACUGCCGAGCCCCAGCACGUCACCCUAAUCGUGUUCGGCAUCGGCAUGGUGAACCGGACACACCUGGAGGCCGACAUCGGCGGGCUGACCAUGGAGUCGGAGCUGAAGAGGAUCCACGGCAGCUUCACGCUGAAGGAGAAGAUGAAAGAUGUUUUACAUCAAAAGAUGACUGAGACGUGUGCCACUGCUCACAUUGGUGGGGUUAAUAUUGUGCUACUUGAAGGGAUUACACCAAAUAUACAACUGGAGGAUUUUCCUACAUCUCCUACAAGCACAGCCAAACAAGAAUUUCUAACUGUAGUGAAAUGCAGCAUUGCCAAGUCCCAAGCCCUCUACAGCGCCCAGAGGGGGCUGAAGACUAGCAACGCGGCCGUGGUCAAAGUCGGGGCCAUCAGCAUCAACAUUCCCCAGCACCCCGCCACCUUGCACAGCAUGAUGGUUCGAAGUUCUCACCAGCUGUCCAAGCAGAUCUCAGACCUCAUCCGACAGCCGUCUACUGUCCCACAGACUGUAAAAGAAGAUAUUGCAACGCCCCUACCUUCUGAAAAAACCCCAACAAGUGUUAAUCAGACUCCUAUUGAAACCAAUGAAUUUCCUCAGCUACCGGAAGGCUUAGAGAAGAAGCCCGUUGUUCUCAAGUUCAGUGCCAUGUUGGACGGGAUUGCCAUUGGAGCCGCACUUCUGCCGUCUCUGAAAGCGGAAUACAAGAUGGGGAGAAUGCGGAGUCACGGCAUGACAGGUGCACAGACCCGGUUCACAUUUGAGCUGCCAAAUCACAGACUGCGUUUUACUUCCAAAGUUUCUGCCACAGACAUGUCAACCAUUCCUCCUUCCGCCAGUCUUAACCUGCCUCCUGUCACCAUGUCAGGGAAGUACAUAAUGGAAGAGCAUGACAGCUAUUCGGACCAGGUGUGGAGUCUAGAUGAGCUGCCUUCUAAACAGGGGUACUACUUACAGGGAAAUUACCUGCGUUGUGUGGCAGAGGUUGGCUCUUUUGAACACAAUCUCACAACUGAUCUUCUAAACCACUUGGUGUUUGUACAGAAAGUGUUCAUGAAGGAAGUGAACGAAGUGAUACAAAAAGUCUCAGGCGGAGAGCAGCCGAUUCCUCUCUGGAAUGAACACGAUGGAACAGCAGAUGGAGAUAAGCCAAAAAUUCUACUCUAUUCCCUGAAUCUGCAGUUUAAGGGUAUUCAAGUAACGGCUACAACCCCAUCAAUGAGAGCUGUGCGAUUUGAAACUGGGUUGAUUGAACUGGAACUUUCGAACCGACUUCAAACCAAAGCUUCACCAGGAAGUAGCAGCUAUCUGAAACUCUUUGGUAAAUGCCAAGUGGAUUUAAAUCUGGCAUUAGGACAAAUUGUCAAACACCAGGUUUAUGAGGAAGCUGGCUCUGAUUUUCAUCAAGUUGCCUAUUUUAAAACCAGAAUUGGGUUAAGAAAUGCCCUCCGAGAAGAAAUCAGUGGCUCUUCAGAUCGGGAGGCCGUGCUCAUAACCUUGAAUAGGCCUAUCGUGUACGCACAGCCUGUGGCUUUUGACAGAGCUGUGCUGUUUUGGCUGAAUUAUAAGGCUGCCUAUGACAAUUGGAAUGAACAACGGAUGGCUUUACAUAAGGAUAUUCAUAUGGCUACAAAGGAAGUGGUAGACAUGCUACCCGGCAUCCAGCAAACAUCUGCCCAGGCCUUUGGGACGCUCUUCCUGCAGCUCACUGUGAAUGACCUGGGCAUUUGCCUGCCCAUCACAAACGCCGCACAGUCUAAUCACACUGGCGACCUUGACACUGGCUCUGCCUUGGUAUUGACCAUUGAAAGUACGCUCAUCACUGCCUGCUCUUCAGAGUCUCUGGUUAGCAAGGGACACUUCAAAAACUUCUGUAUCCGUUUUGCGGACGGCUUCGAGACGUCAUGGGAUGACUGGAAACCAGAAAUUCGUGGGGAUCUGGUGAUGAAUGCCUGUGUAGUUCCAGAUGGCACUUAUGAAGUAUGUUCCAGGACCACAGGACAAGCGGCAGCCGAAAGCAGUAGCGCUGGGACCUGGACGCUCAAUGUGUUGUGGAAGAUGUGUGGGAUCGAUGUCCACAUGGACCCAAACAUCGGCAAGAGGCUCAACGCCCUGGGCAACACCCUGACCACGCUGACCGGAGAGGAGGACCUGGACGACAUUGCCGACCUGAACUCCGUGAACAUAGGCGACCUGUCGGAUGAGGACGAGGUGGACACUAUGUCUCCCACCGUCCACACUAGUUCAGACGGAAGUUCAGUAAGUGGAGAUGGCCACAAGCUCACCUUUGGGCAGCGACUUGUAAACCACCUGCUAGGCCUGACGCCCCCACAUCAGCGCUAUUCUGUUCCUGCAGAGUAUCUGUGCGACCCAGAGAUGGGGGGCUCCCCUCAGGCUAGCCAGUCCCAUUUGAAAGUGUGCAGAGCCCACUCGUGGGGAAACGAAACUGUGGAGUAUCGGAGACAAGGCGCAUCUUGCAGCCAGCCAGGAGAACUGAGAGGAAGAAAAACGAUGAAGCGUAUAGUGGAUAUCAGAGAGUUGAACGAACAGGCCAAGGUCAUCGAUGAUCUUAAAAAAUUAGGUGCAAGUGAAGGGACCAUCAACCAAGAAAUCCAACGUUACCAGCAGUUAGAGUCUGUGGCUGUGAAUGACAUUCGAAGAGAUGUUCGUAAGAAAUUACGGAGGUCCAGUAUGCGAGCUGCUUCCCUAAAGGAUAAGUGGGGCUUGGGUUACAAACCAAGUUACAACCGGUCGAAAACCAUUUCUGCUUCCGGAAGACCACCUCUUAAGCGAAUGGAACGGGCAAGCUCCCGAGUAGGGGAAGCCGAGGAGCUCCCGGAAAUCCGCGUUGAUGUAGCGUCCCCUGGGCCCCGAGUGACCUUCCACAUUCAAGAUACGUUGAAAAAAACAGUAUGGGGAAGCACACCACAAUCCAGCUGUCCCGGGGAAGGGUAUUUUCAGUUCCCAGAGGAGACGGAGCUGGACCUUUUGUCAGUGACCAUCGAAGGCCCUGCCCACUACGCAUCGCCUGGCGAAGGGCCGUGCUCCGUGUUCAGCCCCAGGACGCCAGGAGCCUUCCCACCCGGCGUUGCUAUCCAACCUGAAGAGGGCCGCCGCGAGGACAGCCUGUCUUCUACCAGUGAGGAUUCGGAGAAGGACGAGAAGGAUGAAGACCAUGAGAAGGAAAAGUUUUAUAUUUACAGGAAACCUUCACAUACGUCUCGUAAAAAAGCAACAGGCUUCGCGGCUGUUCAUCAGCUGUUCACAGAACGUUGGCCGACGGCACCAGUCAACCGCAGCCUUAGUGGCACAGCCACAGAGAGAAAUAUCGACUUUGAACUUGACAUACGGGUUGAAAUUGAUAGUGGAAAAUGUGUGCUGCACCCAACUACCCUUCUACAAGAACAUGAUGAUAUAAGCUUGAGAAGGAGUUAUGAUAGAAGUUCCAGGAGUUUAGAUCAAGAUUCUCCUUCAAAAAAGAAGAAGUUUCAAACCAAUUAUGCUUCAACUACCCAUUUGAUGGGUGGCAAGAAGGUGCCGUCAUCUCUCCAGACAAAGCCUAGCGACUUAGAGACGACAGUGUUUUACAUCCCUGGAGUUGAUGUAAAGCUGCAUUACAAUUCCAAGACGCUCAAGACUGACUCGCCUAAUGCCUCCAGAGGAUCCUCCUUGCCCAGAACCCUCUCGAAAGAGUCCAAGCUGUAUGGUAUGAAAGACAGUGGGACGUGCUCUCCUUCUCCUCCUUUACCCUACACUGUCCAGAGCAAGACUAACACCCUACUUCCUCCCCAACCCCCACCUAUCCCCUCAGCCAAAGGAAAAGGAAGUGGAGGAGUGAAAACGGCCAAGUUAUAUGCGUGGGUAGCGCUUCAGUCGCUGCCAGAAGAAAUGGUUAUCAGUCCCUGCCUGUUGGACUUUCUGGAAAAGGCUCUGGAAACUAUCCCAAUUACACCAAUUGAAAGGAAUUAUACAACUGUCAGCUCCCAAGACGAAGACAUGGGACAUUUUGAAAUACCAGACCCCAUGGAAGAGUCUACGACGUCGCUGGUGUCGUCGUCCACGUCUGCCUACACCUCCUUCCCCGUGGACGUGGUGGUGUACGUGCGAGUUCAGCCCUCACAGAUCAAGUUCAGCUGUUUACCUGUAUCGAGAGUAGAAUGCAUGCUGAAGCUGCCAUCCCUGGACUUGGUGUUUUCUUCAAACCGAGGAGAACUGGAGACGUUAGGGACUGCGUGCCCUGCAGAGUCUCUGUCCUCUGGAAGCAGCGCUACUCAGAGUGGGACAAAGACCUCUGCGAGCAAGACCGGGACACCAGGUUCGUCAGGACUGGGCAGCCCCCUUGGCAGGAGUCGGCACAGCAGCAGUCAGUCUGACCUCACCACUCCCAGCAGCAGCUCGUCUGGUCUGAGCUUCACUGCGUGCAUGUCUGACUUCUCCCUGUAUGUGUUUCAUCCUUACGGAGCGGGGAAGCAAAAAACCGCCGUGUCUGGCCUUGCGCCUGCAUCAGGAGGGUUAGGAAAUGUGGAUGAAGAACCCACUUCGGUCACUGGUCGCAAAGACUCACUGAGUAUAAACCUUGAGUUUGUCAAAGUGAGUUUGUCUCGGAUAAGGCGUUCAGGAGGUGCCUCGUUUUUUGAAAGUCAAUCUGUAAACAAGUCUGCAAGCAAAAUGGACACCACGCUAAUAAAUAUAUCUGCUGUUUGUGAUAUAGGGUCUGCUUCCUUUAAAUAUGAUAUGCGUCGACUCAGUGAAAUUCUGGCAUUUCCAAGAGCCUGGUACAGGAGAAGUAUUGCAAGACGCCUGUUCCUUGGAGACCAAACUAUAAAUUUGCCAACGUCUGGCCCAGGGACCCCUGAUUCCAUUGAAGGGGUAAGCCAGCACCUUUCCCCCGAAUCAUCAAGAAAAGCUUACUGCAGGACCUGGGAGCAGCCCAGUCAGUCGGCCUCCUUCACCCACAUGCCUCAGUCACCCAAUGUGUUCAAUGAGCAUGUGUCAAACAGCACCAUGUCACCAGGGACAGCAGCGCAGAGCCUGAAAUCCCCAGCUUCCGUAAGGUCCAGGAGUGUGUCUGACUCUUCAGUUCCCCGAAGAGAUUCACUCUCAAAGACAUCAACUCCUUUUAACAAAUCAAACAAAGCAAGUCAACAAGGGACCCCGUGGGAAACACUUGUCGUGUUUGCUAUCAACUUGAAGCAAUUAAACGUUCAGAUGAAUAUGAGUAAUGUAAUGGGAAAUACAACCUGGACAACUAGUGGUCUGAAGAGCCAGGGCCGGCUGUCGGUAGGCAGUAACCGAGAUCGCGAGAUCAGCAUGUCCGUUGGGCUGGGAAGGUCACAGUUAGAUUCUAAAGGAGGAGUAGUUGGUGGGACCAUAGAUGUCAAUGCUCUGGAGAUGGUCGCUCAUAUUUCUGAACAUCCCAAUCAGCAGCCUAGCCAUAAAAUCCAGAUUACUAUGGGGUCUACAGAAGCCCGUGUGGAUUACAUGGGCUCGAGCAUCCUCAUGGGCAUCUUUAGUAAUGCUGACCUCAAGCUUCAGGACGAAUGGAAAGUCAAUCUCUAUAACACACUGGACUCAAGCAUAACUGAUAAAAGUGAAAUUUUUGUCCAUGGAGAUUUGAAGUGGGAUAUUUUCCAAGUAAUGAUAUCAAGGUCAACCACACCAGACCUGAUAAAAAUAGGAAUGAAGCUCCAGGAAUUUUUCACACAACAGUUUGAUACCAGCAAACGAGCUCUGUCAACGUGGGGACCAGUUCCUUAUCUUCCACCUAAGACAAUGACGAAUAACCUAGAGAAAAGCUCACAAGAACAAUUGCUGGAUGCGGCCCACCAUCGGCAUUGGCCCGGAGUACUGAAGGUGGUGUCAGGAUGCCACAUAUCCUUAUUUCAGAUCCCACUGCCAGAGGAUGGGAUGCAGUUCGGAGGAUCGAUGAGCUUACAUGGGAAUCAUAUGACUCUAGCUUGUUUUCAUGGUCCAAAUUUCCGUUCAAAAUCCUGGGCCCUUUUUCACUUGGAAGAACCAAAUAUUGCUUUCUGGACCGAAGCUCAGAAAAUCUGGGAAGAUGGCGCUAGUGAUCAUUCUACAUAUAUCGUACAAACAUUGGAUUUUCACCUGGGCCAUAAUACCAUGGUUACCAAACCAUGUGGAGCUUUGGAAAGCCCCAUGGCUACAAUAACCAAGAUAACGAGGCGCCGCCAUGAAAACCCGCCCCAUGGAGUCGCGAGUGUGAAAGAGUGGUUCAAUUAUGUUACAGCCACGAGGAAUGAAGAGCUAAACCUGCUUCGUAAUGUUGAUGCUAAUAACACUGAGAAUAGCACUAUGGUGAAGAAUUCCAGUUUGCUGAGUGGCUUCAGAGGAGGUUCUAGCUACAAUCAUGAAACAGAGACUAUCUUUGCAUUACCAAGGAUGCAGCUUGACUUUAAAUCCAUUCAUGUUCAAGAACCACAAGAGCCUUCAUUACAGGAUCCCAGCCUGAAGCCGAAGGUAGAAUGUAGUGUGGUGACGGAGUUCACCGACCACAUCUGCGUGACUAUGGAUGCUGAGCUCAUCAUGUUCCUCCAUGAUUUAGUGUCAGCUUACCUUAAAGAAAAAGAAAAAGCCAUUUUCCCACCUCGGAUUUUAUCCACUCGACCAGGACAGAAAAGUCCAGUUAUUAUACAUGAUGAGAACUCCUCUGAGAAAGACAGAGAAGAUGGCAUCACUUACACCACUGUGGACUGGAGAGAUUUUAUGUGUAACACGUGGCAUCUAGAACCCACUCUUAGGUUAAUUUCUUGGACUGGAAGAAAGAUUGAUCCAGUAGGUGUUGAUUAUAUUCUUCAAAAACUGGGCUUUCAUCAUGCCAGGACUACUAUUCCUAAAUGGCUUCAAAGAGGAGUCAUGGACCCAUUGGACAAGGUUCUGUCAGUUCUUAUCAAAAAACUCGGUACUGCACUACAGGAUGAAAAGGAGAAGAAAGGAAAAGACAAAGAAGAACACUAAAAAGAGACUUGAUCUGUGAACAAGUUAUGAUUAUGUCCAUUAAGUUUUAUUACACUGGAGUUUUUUUGUAUAUUAAAACUGUUUUAAAUAUAACUUUAAAAUUAUUCUAAAUUUUGUGGCCAUCAUAUUAAAAGUUUGUAAGUUAAGCUGUUCGUUCUAGUUCCACUGUACUGUAUACUGUGAAGUAUUGCAUGGUAAUGUAAAUUUUGUGAAAAACUAGGUUAAAAAAUAUAUAUCUACUCAAUAGGAUUUAUAAUUGUAUUAUGUGCAAUAUGAUUCCUGCAUCUUAAAAUAUUUUCAGAAUAACUGUGAAUUUCCUGUUAUUGGCCAUAACUUUUAGAAAAAAUCUUGUUGAUAAUGUGAUUUUGGGGGGUAAUUAAUUGCUUUUUCUUUUUUUUAAAUGUAGCCUUGUGUAAAUACCUCUUUGUAUAUAGUUUGAGUAAUUGUGAUAUGAUUAAAUACUACUAACUAAAAUAUUGUUUGUAACUAUUGUAAUAAAGUCACAAUAAUUGGUUUCA